AUGGCAACCUCUAGCAAUGACCCAUCUCGCCAUCGCAAACUAGCGUUAAUCAUAGGUAAUGGAGCCUAUAGCCAAUCUCGAAAUAAACUUUAUCAUCCUGCUAAUAAUGCUGGUGAUAUGAGUGACACGCUCAAAAGAAUGGAUUUCCGCGUGACAACAGCCUGUGAUGUAGCUGAGCAAGAAAUGAACAAACUCAUAACUGAUUUCAUUAAAAAUACCAGUAAUGACGAUUUGGUCUUAUUGUACUAUUCCGGCUGUGCUUCAUAUGUUAAUGGCACAAACUACUUGAUUCCUAUUGAUGAUGACAAAAUAAAAUGUGAAACAGAUUUACAAUUCUUCGGAGUUGACUUUGAUCGAGCUUUCAGUAGGCUUGUGAAAAAAAAUGCAUCAUACGUGAGUGUAUUUAUCUUGGACUGCGCUCAAAACUACGUGUUGCCAAGUUCAACUGCUACGAAUUCUACGGUGAAGAGUGCUGGCCUGCAGAAAAUUAGCCCUACUCCUGGAGCAUUCGUCCAAUUUGCAUGUGACUCUAAUCAAAUGACUGUACGUACUAGUCAAGCAGAACGUAACAGUCUAUUUACAAAGCAUUUGCUAAGACAUAUUACUACGCAAAAUGCCCAUCUCGUUGAGAUUAUCCAACGUAUAGAAGGCGAUGUGUACCAGGAAAGCAAUCAAAAACAAAAGCCAAUAUCUAUGAAUGGAUUAAAUCAAAACCAGCAGAUCUAUUUAAAUGGAAAGAUUAAAAAUACAAAAGAUUUCCUAACCGAUGAACAGAUAUCACCAGAAGAAAUUAUCCAUUACAAUCAAUGUAAAGAAUAUUAUUGCAGUACAGGAAAACCGCUCAUAUCAAUUGCUGACGAAGUUCUUGACAAAAGUAUUGGAUUGAAAUCACCAAUUUUAAAAAUUGGUAUCGAUGAAGAUUGCAGUAAAUUUGACGUAAACGAUUACAUGAGUCAAUUUUGUAAUAAAGUGAAAAUCGAUGCAAACAUGUUUGUAAUCAAAAAAAUCCAAAAGGGCUCUGCUAUAAUGACAUUAAGCCUAUCCGACAAAAUUGAAUCAAAUGAAAAAAAACGACUUUUAACACUGAUCUACAACUCAUGCAAUGAUAGACUACAGAGCGAUCUUGGCCAAAUCAAGACCUUUUUCAUGUUUUUGGGCCCCGAAGAGUCAUUGAGAAAAAUGCAAAAGCACCAGGCAAAUAUUAACUUAAACCCUAAAUUUAACCGUAUAUAUGCUUCUGGUCAUAAUUUCUGGCAAGGUGCUAUUUCCGAUGGCAAAGAUCGCGGUGGCAAACCUUAUUAUUGUCCGAUCGGAUGGAAAAGAUGGUCAUUUUACGUUACUGAUAAUUUUGACGAGAAAUUCAAAGGUUGGUGUAUUGGUUAUCAUGGUACAAAAUUUGAGUACGGCUUAUCCAUUCUAUUAAAUGGACUGAAACCGGCAAACAUAGCGGCUCUAGGUGCCGGGAUCUACUUCACUCCAUCCAUUGCUUAUGCAAGUCAUCCGAGAUACUCAGAAGUGAAAGCAAUUCCCGUUGCAGCUCGAAAAACUUUCAAAUCGGGUAAAUACAUUCAAUACGUAUUGGAAUGUCGUGUCCAUCCAAGUAGCAUUAAGAGAAUAGGUUGUGAAACGUUAGCCGCUGCAGCCAACAUCGAUCCCAAUAUAAAAAACGAAGAUAUCGAAUGGGUAAUUGAUAACCAAAAUAAAGAGAUCGUCGAUUUUAAUGAUCCCUCGUCUCCAAUCGUUUGUACAGGAUUAAUGGUACGUAUUACAGAUGAACAUCCGGGUUUAUUACCAGAAUCGCAAUGGUGGUUUGCGGCACAUUUGUGCGAUAACGAGAAGUGUUGCAAAUUAGGCAUUUCGUAUUCGGCACUGCAAAAAGCAAUAGAGAAUGGAAAUACGUGUAACAUUAUCUAUGAAUAA